UACUGCAACUGCAACACAAACGAAGAGUACUCUCGACGCGGCAGAGUCUGUCGAAGGAAAUGGAAUCUGCCGUGCAGCUGCGGCCGCGGUACGUCGUCUUCGACCUCUCGCCCGGCGCGGGCCUCCGGUGCUUCAGCCCUCCCGCUCCGGCCGUGGAGCACGACGGCGUCCCGCUUCGCACCGUGGCUCUGGGCCUGGAGGCGCUUCGCCGGACACGGCUUUCUCGCGCCGACGACCCAACCACCGCUCACCGGCCGGCGCAAAAAGUUAUUGCUGGCGACGAUCAUGCUCACAUCAGCAGUGACCCCGACACCGUGUCGGACGCGGGCACGUCGGGUGUUCAUCAGACUGCCGAGGAGUCCGACGACGAUGAGGAGGCGGGGAGCUUCGGUGAGCUCUUCUUCGAGGAGGGCUUUGCGAGGAAGGUUGGCGCGCUGGCUGAGCUGGUGGGGAUGAAGGGCGCCUACAAGCCUGCGGCUGUGCUGGGUGAAGUUGUCAGGCUGCUCCAGGCCACCGGUAGGAGGGAGGGUUGCGUUCGUGCAAGGACGGCCGUUUGAUCUAUUUCGGACAGUGCCUAUACACAGUGCGCAAUAUAAAUAGUUUUUUCUUUUGCUUCUCGACAUUGAUAAUAUAAUCUGGAGUGUCUGCUAAA